UAUAUAUAUAUAUAAUUAUGGGCACCUUACACGAUCUUGUCUUGCAUGUAAUAGAUAAGUUCAAAGACCGGGUUGCAGUGAUAUAUGAUGAUGAAUUGGAGAAUUCUGUUAUCACAUAUAAUGAUCUUCAUAAAUUAUCCAAACAGAUUGCUAACAUUUUGAGAAACUACGGACUUGAUGAUGAAAUAAUAGGAAUCUGUAUGCAUACAAAUGAAACUACACCAGCUAUUUUACUUGGAAUACUCCAGGUUCCAGCUGCAUUUUACUUCUUUGAACCUGGUGCCGAGAAGUUUAUUCUGAAGUCUUUGAAGUCACUUAAUGCCGCUGUUGUUGUUGUUGACAUUUCUUAUUUGAAGGAUAUAGAAAACAUUUUAUUUCUUUUGAAUCCAGAAGUGUUGGUAUUGAUUCCUGAAUGGCAGUUGAUUGUCAUAAAACUGAAUGGAGUAAAUCGACAGAAGUAUUCCAUCCAUCUUGCCUAUUGUAUCAGCACUUCAGGUUCUACAGGAAUUCCUAAAAUAGUGAGAGUUCCACAUAAAUCUAUUGUGCCGAAUGUAAUUCAUUUGAGGAAACUGUUUAAUAUCACUUCCAAUGAUUUGCUAUUUUUGGCUGCUCCUCUGACAUUCGACCCAAGCAUCAUUGAUAUCUUUACGUCUUUAAGUUGUGGAGCAAGAUUAUUAAUAACAUCAAACCAAAUAAAAAUCUUGCCUUGGAAACUUGCUAAAAUGCUUGGAAAUCACUAUCAUGUAACAGUUCUUCAGAUAACUCCAAGUCUGUUGAUGAGUAUUGGUCCAGAACUAUUAAGAACUUCUAUCUUGGAUAAAUCUUCGUGCCUUAGAAUUUUAGCUUUUGGUGGUGAAAAAUUUCCAUCAUUGGAUCUAAUUAAAAAAUGUCGGGCUGAAGGCAAUAUGACAACGUUUUUCAAUUUAUACGGUAUAACAGAAGUUUCUUGUUGGUCAACAUUUUAUCAAGUCACAGAUUCUGAUUUUGCUUCAAAUCAGUCAGAAGUUCCACUUGGAGAAUCCUUGAGUGAUACCACUACAAUGGUUAUUAACGAUGAUGGCCAUGUUUUAUCAGAAGGUUGUGGAUGGUUAUAUACAGGAAGUCUUAACCGUUUAUGUUUCAUAAAUGAUGAAGUAACUCCUGAGAAUGGUUUGAGGAAUACUGGAGACUUGGUUACCACUGAUCAGUCUGGGAAAAUAUUCUUUCUUCACAGGAAGGAUGAGCAGUUGAAAAGAAAUGGUAAAAGACUGAAUCUCCAAGAAAUAGAACAUGUUGUUCAACAAGAAGACUUUGUGGAAAAUUGCAAAGCUCUGAUUUUUAAUAGUUCUGUGAUAUUGUUUUAUAUUUGUUCGAGUUGGCAUAAGGAAAAGAUGAAUGAGUCAGAGAGAGAGCAAUUACUGAAAACAUCUCUUCAGAAAGAACUCUCGGCUCAUUACCAACCAGACAUUUUUGUAGACACCAAUUCAUUUCCAAUAACCUAUCAUGGGAAAUUAAAUAUUCCAGUUCUUUAUGAUAUGAUGAGAGACAGCAGCAGGAAACAACAACCAGUAGAAAAAAUUGUUGAACAAUGUUGGAAGACCACUCUUAAAAUUCACAAGAACAUUCCAAUCGAUACAACAGAAAGAUUUCUUGCCAAAGGAGGAGAUUCCUUAUUAGCAAUGCAAUUUAUUAACAGAUUACAGCUUGAUCUUAAUUUGCAACUCAACCAUAUUCUUCCUUUGGUGUUACACAACCCAUACAAAGACAUUCUAGACAUUGUAAGAGAAUCAUUAUCAAAAUAUAAACACUCUACAUCUGAUGAGGAAAGUAAACCUAGUGAACUAAAAUUGAGCAGUGACAAUUGGAAAGAUAUGAAUAAGUCUGUGGAAAAGAAACACCUGGAAAAUGUUCAAAAUACGCAGCCACAUUCAACUGACAGUGUAACUUAUAUCAAUCAUAGACAGAAGAAUAUUAUUCCAAAACUUAGCAAAGAUUCUUUAGGGAAACCUGAAAAUGUUAAUGUUGAUGAUGAUAAAAUAUUGCCUAAAAAGAAGACAAAGACAAAUAAUGUAUCCAAUAAUCAUUAUGGUCUCCAACCAAAAAGUGAUAACAUUUCUUUAGAAUUUCCAAAGUUAAAUUCAGUCUGCUGCCAUCACAGGAAAAAAGAAGUAAAUAUUCGUUGGACUUACAAUACUGGAAAGUGUGUGGAUGCUUCACCCGUUGUGGCACAGUUGAGCAACAAAGAAAGAAUUAUCAUUGUUGGAUCACACUCGCAUAAAGUGAGUGCAGUUGUUGCCAGUUCUGGUCAGUUGUUGUGGGAAACCCUUCUAGCUGACCGUGUUGAGAGUUCGGCUUGUGUUUCAUCAUGUGGUCAACAUAUAGUAGUCGGUUGCUAUGAUGGCUGCAUUUACGUAUUACAAACAGCAACUGGUGACAUAGUAUGGACGUUUUCAACAAGUGAUAUUGUGAAAAGUUCACCCGUUGUCGAUCCUGUGACCUCUUACGUUUGGUUUGGUUCCCACGAUAGAAAUAUAUACUCUCUUGAUAUUCAGAAGAAAGUCUGCAUUUUGAAACGAAACUUACAAAGUGGGGGUAUAGUUUCAUCCCCAACCAUUUCUCUUAAUCCUCAUCUUGUAUUCGUAUCAACUCUGGAUGGAUGUCUUUUUGCCUUAAACCCAUUUGACGGUGCCAUCCAAUGGCAAUAUACCUUCCACAAACCUCUGUUUACUACCCCAUGUCUAACCAGCAAAGGAAUCUUGAUUGGCUGUGUUAACGAAAGUUUAUAUCACAUAAAUAACGAAGGCUCUUUGAUAUGGGAAAGAAAUACUGGAGGCGCAAUUUUUUCCUCUCCAAUUUGUAUUCCACCUUCCAAAAAUGAUGGCCAAGAAAUUAUCAUAUGUGGAUCUCAUAGUCAUUAUGUGUUCUGUUUUACAAUUGAUGGAGAACUUUGUUGGAAAACAAAUGUAAAUUCUAGAAUCUAUGCAAGACCCUCAAUCUUGAAGAAUCUACAUUUAUUAACUUCUAAUUCUAAGAAGCCUUUGAAUUUACCUGUAAAAAGACAUUAUCAAUCAUCAGUUCUUAGCGAAGAAAAUAAUGAAAAGUCACUGAAAUUAAAUACCUGUACUGAGGAUUUUAGUAUUAUCUUCUCAACUGAUGGUAAUUUGCAUAUUAUUUGCAUAUCAUGUGGUUGUGUAUUGGGUGAUUUCACUUUACCAGGAGAAGUGUUUUCUUCACCUCUUAUUCUGGAGACAAACAUUAUUGUUGGAUGCCGAGAUGACUGUAUUUAUUGCUUAACAGUUUCUGAAUAAUAGUUUACUCCUCAACAAAAAAACAAAAAAAUGAAAUUGUAAAUAUAUGUAUAUAUAUAUAUAUAUGUUUGUAUUGUUAAUAAAGCUUA